AUGGCCACGGUUCCCCUCCACAUAAUGCUCGGCUUUCUCCUCCUCUUGCACGCUACUCCUCCAUGCUCCUCGGCAAGUGGCGAUACUCUCGCGGCGGGCCAGGUGCUCACCGUCGGGGACAAGCUCGUCUCAGCAAACGGCAGGUUCGCGCUCGGCUUCUUCCAGUUCCAGCCACCAAGCAACACUACGGUUAGUAAGUCCAUGUCCAACAACACCACCUCCCUCAGCUCCGACUGGUACCUUGGCAUAUGGUUCAACAAGAUACGGGUUUGUACAACUGUGUGGGUCGCCAAUAGGGAAGACCCAAUCAUCGACCCCAAACCCAACCUAACACAGCUCAAAAUCUCAAGCGAUGGCAACCUUGUCAUCAUACACCAGGGUGGUGUACUCUGGUCCGCUCUUGCUGUAAACAAGAAUAGGACACGAACAAGCAACAUGAACGCCACCAGUGUAGUCCUCACAAACAGUGGAAACCUAGCCCUCACAUCAUCAUCUGGCCAACCAUUGUGGGAAAGCUUCGACUAUCCAACAGAUGUUGUGCUCCCUGGCGCCAAAUUUGGCUGGAAUAAGGUCACCAGUUUGAACCGCCGGGGAAUCUCGAGAAAGAGCAUCGUUGAUCCGGGGCUUGGCUCAUAUAGCAUCGAGCUAGAAACCAAUGGCAACGGGAUAGUCCUCCAGUGCCGCAAACCCUCCGUUGUGUAUCGGGUUUAUGCGCCUGAGACAUCAGAGAUAUUGAAACUUUUGCCGAGAAUCCAAAAGAUUCUGGAACUGGAUACACGGACAAAAGGUUCGAUUAUCCCACAUUAUGUCAAUACCAAAGAAGAGGAGUACUAUAUGUACACCUCACCCAAUGAAUCAUCUUUCUCAUUUCUCUCGGUAGACAUCUCUGGUCAAAUCAAGCUGAACAUCUGGUCUCAAGCCAAUCAAUCUUGGCAAGUUGUAUUUGCCGACCCUGUUGAUGUCUGCACCCCAGCUGCAACCUGCGGACCUUUCACGGUAUGCGACGCCAAUGCGCAACCACCAUGUGAUUGCAUGGAGAACUUCUCUAAGAAGUCGCCACAACAUUGGGCGUUUGGUGAUCGAACACAUGGGUGCAUCAGAAAUACACCGCUAUAUUGCACCAGUGGCAAGAACACGACAACUUCAACAGACAUGUUCUACCCCAUUGCCAAAGUUACAUUGCCCUACAACUCGCAAAGUGUAAACCUUGCUACCACUCGUAGUAAGUGUGAGGAAUCUUGUCUCAGCUCGUGCACCUGCACGGCUGGCAUGGGAAACUGCUUGCUAUAA